UAUUAUCGUUUCAACUGGGUGUUAUUGUGUUAGUUUGAGGCUUUGAGCUCCAGCACCCUUUGUAAACCAUAAGAGGGCGGACGUUAUUUUUCCCCCUCAGUGCAUUGGUUUAGACCGGUUUAGACAUAUACGGAACGAAGUUUUAUGUGUGGUUGGUUUUACGUCAAGUGGGAGGGCUUUGUUGUUUCACUCAGUUGAUUGGUUUAGAAGGCUGAACUUCUCUGGACGCACCUUUCUUCGUUCGGCCAGAGGGCGGGGCUUGUUUUUGUGCGUUGUAGCAAAGGCGUGCUGUAUGAAACGCGGGAACUGGCGGUACUGAUAAUAAGUUGUGACAUGAUUUUCAGUCGUCAGUAUUUUUAAGAUCAAAUAAUUGAUUUUAAUUCUUUUGAUUGCCGUUUGGAUACUAAAAGUACUCUCUCUGUACAACCGCUGUUUUAAGUAGAUUUAGAGUGGCAGUUUUCCCCGGAAAAGGGGAAGUUUUGACAUGGAGUCUUUUCAGAAAGUCGAGAAGAUUGGAGAGGGAACAUACGGGGUUGUUUAUAAAGCCAAGAAUAAAAUCACCGGAGAGACAGUUGCCCUAAAGAAAAUUCGGUUAGACACAGAGACUGAAGGUGUUCCCAGCACCGCCAUACGUGAGAUCUCUCUGCUAAAAGAGCUCAAUCACCCAAACAUAGUCAAGUUGCGUGAUGUGAUACACACAGAAAAUAAGCUUUACUUGGUGUUUGAAUUUCUUCACCAAGACCUGAAGAGGUUUAUGGACUCGUCCUCUGUCACUGGCAUAUCCUUGCCACUCGCGAAGGUGAACUUUUGGAGUUAUAACACAGAUUUUAUUGAUAAUGUGAAUGUGAAGCUACUUUAA